AUGCCCUCUCACCCAUUGCACGCUGCCACCACCGUAGUGCCUCGCGAGCGCCGGGCCUCGUUCUCGGGUUCCACUGCUGCUACCCCAGCCGCAGCAGCCGCUGCUGCAGCUGCUGCUACUCGCAACCUCAAGCGGCCUGGCCACUUGCCCAAAGCUGCCCCUUCCAAGUCAGGCUUUGCCGGCAAGGGUGGCUGGGGCUCCAUCUCGGACCAAAUUCAAAUCGGGCGUGCCGCAUCAGAGCGCAGCCUUGGCAAAGCUGCCGACGAUGACAUGCCCCCGGGCUCCCCUCUCGAGGACCCCACCCUCGAGGUUUUUGAUGCCCGUUGCUCGGACAACGAUCUGCGUCAUCUCGUCUUGCCCCUCCUUCGCGAGUACCGCGAUCACUGCGACCUGGAAGACCUUGAACACAUGCUCCGAAAGAUCAACUUUGAUGACAACCAAAAUCGUGUGCUUGAAAUGGCCAUUGACCUCGCGCUGGAUUGCCACAACUCGGUCCGGGAGAGCUACUCGCAACUCCUGGCCGAGCUGCAGGUCCGAAACCUCAUCCCAGAGGCCUACUUUGAGCGCGCCUACAACACGCUGAUCGAUCGACUCCCGGAUCUGAUGCUCGAUGUUCCCGAUGCCAUUGACGCCCUCGCCAAGUUUAUGGCCCGCUCCGUCAGCGAUGACUGCCUUCCACCGGCCUUCAUCCUGAACCACCCCUUGGCUCAUGCCCGCACUCGCAGUCGUCAAGCCUCCGCCUCACAAAGCACGGACGCCAGUGGCAGCGAAGCCUCCUCCCCCUUGCCCAAGGCCACCCCUGCCCACUACCUCCUUCGCCGUGCCCGUAACCUCAUCUCCACCCCUCAUGAACGCAGCCGCCUGGACCAGAUUUGGGGCGUGCAAGGCCCUCAGACCCCCGUCGCCAAGUUGCGCGAGAGCCUCGACAUGCUCAUUGAAGAGUUUGUCCUGGCCCAGGACUUGGCCGAGGCUGAGCGUUGCCUCAAGGAUCUGGAUUCCCCCCAUUUCCACCACGAAUUUGUCUACAAAGUACUCGUGCGUAUCAUGGAGCACGGCGCUGAUGAAGAUCAGGUUCAGAUCCUCACCAAGCUCUUGGAGUACUGCAUCAUCUCCAACCACGUCUCUGAGGAACAAUGCCACGCUGGACUGCGCCGCAUCUACGCCGAGCUCAGCGAAUUGGAGGUGGACAUUCCCCGCGCCCACAUCUAUCUCACCGAUGCGCUCAAUGAUCUCCUUGACGCUGGCUGCAUCGAUGAGCAGAUUCGUUUCGAGAUGCCGCCAACGUCCAAUCGCCGCCGCUUCUAUUCCGAGAAUGAUGCAGCCGCCCAUCGCCUUGGACGCAAGUGA